GGAGAGCUGUGGCGAGCUCUGGAAGGUUCCGCCACCCGCCGUAUAAAUGGGGGAGGCGGCGGCCGCGGCGGCGGAGUGAAGCGCGCCACUGACGGGGUCUGAGUGCCGCAGCUGGCCGACAUGGGCAAGGACUAUUACCGCAUUCUGGGCCUGGCCCGCGGCGCCUCGGACGAUGACAUCAAGAAGGCCUACCGCAAGCAGGCGCUGCGCUACCACCCCGACAAGAACAAGGACCCCGGCGCGGAGGAGCGCUUCAAGGAGAUCGCCGAGGCCUACGACGUGCUCAGCGACCCCAAGAAGCGGGAGGUUUUCGACAAGUUCGGCGAGGAAGGACUAAAGGGAGGUGGUCCCAGCAGUGGUGGAUGUGCCAAUGGUGGUAACUCAUUCAGCUACACCUUUCAUGGAGAUCCUCAUGCUAUGUUUGCCGAGUUUUUUGGUGGGAGGAACCCAUUUGAUACUUUUUUUGUACAAAGGAAUGGAGAUGAAGACAUGGAUGUUGAUGACCCAUUCCCCACUUUUCAGAUGGGGGGCUUUAGUAACAUGGGCUUCUCUCGCUCUCGCUCGGGCCAUGAAAGUAUACGCAAAAAACAAGACCCUCCUGUCAUUCAUGAUCUGAGGGUUUCCUUGGAAGAGAUAUUCACUGGCUGCACCAAGAAAAUGAAAAUCUCUCACAAACGACUCAAUACAGAUGGCAAGACCACACGGAAUGAGGACAAGAUUCUGACCAUUGAAGUCAAACGAGGGUGGAAAGAAGGAACAAAGAUUACUUUUCCCAAAGAGGGAGACCAAACAGCAAACAACAUUCCAGCUGACAUUGUCUUUGUUUUAAAAGAUAAGCCACACAAUGUCUUUAAGAGAGAUGGGUCUGAUAUUAUUUUCCCAGCUAAGAUCAGCCUCCGUGAGGCUCUGUGUGGUUGCACAGUGAAUGUGCCGACGCUGGAUGGCAGAACCAUUCCAAUGGUAUUUAAAGAUAUCAUUAAACCUGGGAUAAAGCGGCGAAUCCCUGGAGAGGGCCUCCCAUAUCCCAAGAAUCCAGACCAGCGAGGGGACCUUAUUAUACAAUUUGAAGUAAAGUUUCCAGACAGAAUUCCACAGGCUUCCAAAAGUGUCCUAGAGCAGAUCCUACCAAUAUAGCAAGGCUGCUCACAGAGAACUGAAGUAAGGACACUUCCAAAGCAAAAGGUUUUUGGACCAUAACCAGGACUUCAGGGUUUCUCAUUUGUGGAGGUUGUUGACUUUCACACUAAGUAUUUCUCCUCCAAGAGUACCAUCUUCAAAAUUGUGUAUUCGCUUUUCAGUGACUCUAGUCCUAGAUCAUCACUUGAAGUAUUUACAUCAGCGAGCAGCUGCUUGUGGGAGGAAUCUGCAGAACAUCUCAUGGUCAAACCUUUCUUCUAGUGACCAGUUUCUACCCUAGUGCUCAAUGUGCUGCCUUCCCUUAACUGGUUACCCACAGACAGGGCAUCUGUUUCAUUUCAUCUUGUGCAGACCUGUAAUUCCUCCAUUGGAAAGGGUGAAACAAAUCUAAAACUGGACUUGCAAGUAAAACAAUCUCCAACAUC